GCAAGCUAAAGAGCAGCGAAUCUGGGAUCGGCUCUCUGAGCAGAUGUCACUCAAGACAGGAAGGCUCCGCCCUUCUCAAGAUGGCGCUAUGCUCAAUGCGGAAGGCGCGUGGGUGCUGGAGAUUCAUCCGGGCACUUCAUACAGGACCCGAAGCUGUUCCCGCUCCCCAGAAAGAUGCCGUGAAGCGAGUGUUUUCUGGCAUUCAGCCUACAGGGAUCCCCCACCUCGGCAAUUACCUGGGAGCCAUUGAGAGCUGGGUGAGAUUACAGGACAAGCACAGCUCUGUGCUGUACAGCAUUGUCGACCUACACUCCAUCACUGCCGCCCAAGACCCAGCUGUCCUUCGGCAGAGUAUCUUGGACAUGACUGCUGCUCUUCUCGCUUGUGGCAUAAACCCAGAGAAGAGCAUCCUUUUCCAGCAAUCUCAGGUGUCUGAACACACCCAGUUAAGUUGGAUCCUUACCUGCAUGGUCAGGCUACCUCGAUUACAACACUUACACCAGUGGAAGGCAAAGACUGCCAAGCAGAAGCACGAUGGGACAGUGGGCCUGCUGACGUACCCAGUGCUACAGGCGGCUGAUGUUCUGUUGUACAAGUCCACACACGUUCCUGUUGGGGAAGAUCAAGUCCAGCACAUGGAGCUCGUCCAGGAUCUAGCGCGAGGGUUUAACAGGAAGUACGGGGAGUUCUUCCCGGUGCCCAAGUCCAUUCUAAGCGUGUGUGUGUUGGCGUUUUUUACUGAAGCCUCGAUGAAGAAGGUGAAAUCCCUCCGUGAUCCUUCUGCCAAAAUGUCAAAAUCGGACCCUGACAAACUGGCCACGGUCGGGCUCACAGACAGCCCGGAGCAGAUAGUGCAGAAAUUCCGCAAGGCGGUGACGGACUUCACCUCCGAGGUUACCUAUGACCCGGCCAGCCGUGGGGGCGUCUCCAACAUGGUUGCGAUCCACGCGGCAGUGACGGGACUCCCUGUGGAGGAGGUGGUGCGCCGCAGCGCUGGCAUCGACACUGCCCGCUACAAGCUGCUGGUAGCCGAUGCUGUGAUUGAGAAAUUGGCGCCAAUUAGGAGCGAAAUUGAAAAACUGAAGAUGGACAAAGGCCACUUACAGAAGGUUUUACAAGCAGGGUCAGUCAAAGCCAAGGAAUUAGCAUAUCCCGUGUGCCAGGAGGUGAAGGAGCUGGUGGGGUUUCGAUAGGACACGUCGGUUUAUCCAAAAGAGGCUUUUUUGUAUUUUGUGGUCUGUGUGCACUCCAAUAAAGGCAGCUUUCCUCACAGGCAAAAAAAAAAAAAAAAAAAAAAAAACCACGACAGUUUGGGGACAUUUGAUUGGUGUGCCUGAUUAUUGGUUUCCUUUAGUGUAGUCUUCAAACAGAGCAGUGCUCUGAAUCCCGACGGCAAAAUGCUGUGGCCAGAAAAAAAAGAACAUAUCAAAGACGUCAUCCGAUGCUGUCGGAAUCCUCAUUUUUGAGAUCCGCUCCUUGGCCUGAAUUUACCUACACGAUGUGUCUGAGGUGAGCAGUAGCUGGAAGAUGGGGUAUCAUUUGUGACUCUCUCAAGCAGGUACUGUCACAGGCGGAUGUUUUAUCUACCCCAACCCUUUUCUAGUAAUAUGCAGAGGUCUUAGACUUAUACUCUUCGGGAUGCCAUUUGGACCAAUUUGUGUUUGGAUCUCAUUUUUAAAAGGUUAUUAUUACAGCUUUUUUGUCGCUGAGAUGGGGCCUGCCUUAAUGCAUUAAAACUGCUUAACCUGGUUCCCAAGAGACCACAUUGACUGUUUCAGCAAGUUUUGUUCCUUUUAAUUUAGAGAUACAUGAUAGAACCUCUGAGAAGGUUGCAUUAUUUCAACUUGAUUUAUUCAUUGUAUAAGAGCCCAAUUUCCUGGAUUAUAAAUAAGGACUUCCUUGCACUCUUCUGUCAGUCUGAUCUCCCCAACUCCCUGUGAAAUAUAUAGGAGAGGAAUUGCCAUUUUACCCGAGGUGAGUGAGGCUCACAGGUACAGCUAGCUUGGACAGAAUCACUCAGCAAGGGAGAAGCAAAUCCGCAAUCAAAACCUUUCCUCCUUAUUCCGAAGAGCGGUGCUUUCAUCAUCAGCACAAAACGCUGAGAGGCGCGAUAUUUGAGACUCCAAACAGGCUUAUUUUAAAGGUGGGGACUGGAAAUAUAAGACCUGAACUACCGAUACUGUUUAUAUCAGAACCUCAACCGAUAGCUGCCCGCUUUACAUCUGGUUUCGGCCCACCUUGGUCACAUUUGCUCCUCAAAACCCCCAAGGCAGGUCCCAAGUUCAGUCUCCCGUGCUUAUUGCAGAGACCCUUCAAGGACCCUCUGCCAGACUCCUACAGCAGUGAGGCCGACCAAUGCGAUUUUCCCAGUGCAUGGAAGCAUCUGAUCUCGCCCCACCUGAGUCUCUAAGUCAGAACAAGUCACUCUGAAAUCUAGCUUCUCGGUAUUUUCAUUUCCCACAGCUGAACAUGGAAGUGCUAACCCUGAUCUACCAGGAUCUGUCAGCAAGAUUGAUUUUGUAACAGAAAUUGCUUGUGAUUUUUUUUUUUGCCAAUGAAUAUAAUGAUCAACAUUUAUACAUGAGACUAGUAUGUUGGCUGAAGAAUUUUUACUCAAGUGUCUUAAGAGAAGGAAGUAGAGUGGUCCUUGUACAAAUAGAUAAAAAUCCACAAAACACCACAUCGUGGAAUCCAAAUUGAAAGUCCUUUUUUGGAACUUUUCUUGGAAUGGGGUCUCCAUAGUCUUAGGGCCUCUUUAGGCAUAUUUCUUCCAAGACUCUGCUUUUUUCUUUCAAAGGAAACCUAUAAUGAAUACUGGAAAAUGACAAAAUUAAAGAUGGAUCUAUCAAA